ACAUCAACAUGAUUACUAGCUGUGUUUUAUUGUGUAAUUUUUAUAAGUGCAGUUAUUACACUAUACUGAAUGAAAAUGAAAGCGUAGAGAUCACCAGGCCAUUUUUAGGAUAAAUAUUGACACUGAUCUUUUGUAUCAGACUGAAAUGUACUGUUUCCUAAGCUGUAAUGAGGUCCAUGUUUUGGUAAAAUUGUAAUGGAAAGAUUAUUGAGAUUAAAAGAUUGUAUCUCAUCUCACUUCACUAGCCCCUUGUAACUGCUUGAAUAAGAGUAACCAGUGGAAGUUCACCCACCAACACCUAUCUGUUUCUACGUUCCAUGCCAACCACUAUGAUCUCUGGUUUCUAAAACCUUAUCCUGAAGAUUUUACCAUGACGGAAACCACUGACAUUGGAGACUCCUUCCAUAAAUGUUAACCAAAUGUCUCCUCAUAGAACGUUUUACCAUAUCAAUGAUCAUGCUUUGUUCUUUGUAUUCUUUAUCAGUUAUAUUAUAUGGCCAGAAGGACUCCUGAUUAUGGGCAUUAAUAUGGAGUUUGCUGCUAUAACAGCCUCCACUCUUCUUCGGAAGGCUUUCCACUAGAUUUUGAAGCAUGGCUGUGGGGGAUUUGUGCUCAUUCAGCCACAAGAGCGCAAGAGGUCAGGCACUGAUUUCAGGCAAGAAGGCCUGGUUGAUGCAAGGCAUCACUUAAUUCCAACUGUGCUUAAUGUGGUUGAGGUCAGGGCUCUGUGCAUGCCACCUGAAUUCUUCCACACCAACUUUGGCAAACCAUGUCUUUAUGGACCUCACUUCAUUCUGGAACAAGUUUGGGCCCCUUAGUUCCAGUGAAAGGAAAUCUUAAUGCUACAACAUACAAAUAUAUUCUAGACAAUUGUGUGCAACAGUUUUGUGAAGACCAUCAUAUGGGUGCUAUGGUCAGGUGUCCACAUACUUUUGGCCAUAUGGUUUAACAUCAUGUGAAGUCCCUGUGAAUGAGCUGUUAUCGAGCUAUAGAAACGAUAACAUAUUAGAAGGAGUGCAUUAAUAUAAACCAACAUCUUCUGAUAAUCAGCAUUCACUAAUCAACAUCUUCUGCUCAGAUUCGAUAGCACUGUGUUUAAUAUGUAAUACUGAAGUGACAAAUGGUAUUAUUUUCAAGGUUUAAGUCCUGUGCUGCAUUGGAAUUUUGUUACAUUGUAAUGUAAUAAUGUAAUGGGAAAAAGUGACUAAUUGUUGACAGUCUUUUGGUAUGUAGAGAAUAUUUUCAAUACUGUGGUAUUAAUGUCUAUACACUUACAAUAUAACUUAUUUAUGUAGACAGGGUCUGUCCAAGAACUUGGAUAUUUGGGAAGUAAUAAGGGUGGUAAAAUGUGCAAAUGAUCUUCUACAACUCUGGAUUUAGCACCAUGUUUAAUAACACUGAGCUCUCUCUGACCUACCCCCUGGAAUUCAUAGCAACUGAUGACCUGUAACCAGACUCCAUGUUGCAGCAGUCUUGUCACGUUAUACAUCCACUGUGCCAGCUUUCCUCUAUUUUUAACAUUCAGGCACACAGCAGAUAUAACUGCACUCAGUCUUGCAGCAACAAAGCAGGACACAAGCAACACACUGACCCGCAGUAGGACAACCUGCAUUUUGACCUGCAAGUCUGAUACCAUGAUAUAUAUUUUCUUGCCAUGCUAACCUCAUAGUCCACAUGAGGGAGCUUGUGUUUUUCACAAAGGUUCACACUUGAGGUCACCUUCAGAAUUUGAUAUAAGGACUUCUUUUCAGAUAAUCACAUGAUCAAGCUUUGAUUAUCCCACCGAUAUAUAGAUAUGGGAAGACACAGGACUUCAGGAUCCAAACUUCAUAGGCACUGUGAGAGCUGCCACAACAGAUGCUGUAAAGUUCCCAUAGAGAUUUCUGUGUCGUGCAUGAUCAUCAACUGCCGCUUGCUGUGUGGAGCCUCCUUUCACAUGUGCAAAGAGGACGAACACAUACUGCUGUGUCCUAAUGAGAGGGUGCCCUGCAUUAAUGCCAAUUAUGGCUGCCCUUUCACCAUGUGUCGCUCGAAGCUGGCCAAACACCUGGAAGUGUGUCCUGCUAGUGUGGUGGUCUGCUCAAUGGAGUGGAACCGCUGGCCCAUUGAAGAGGCAGAGCCUCCUGAGUUCUACAAGAAUAUCUUGAAGGAGAACUACACCCAGGAGCCUCUGGACCUUUCCAUGGCACUGCGGGACCAGAAGCAGCUGUUCCAGUCCCUCAGAAUGAAGGCUCUUUUUCCUGAACUUAUUGAAAAGAUCAAGGAGGAAGCUGUCAUUCAAGAACUUGAGGGAGCUGUUGGAGGGGUAUCUAAAGAUGCGCAAGAAGCCUCAAUUUCUAUAAGUGCUGUCUCAUGCCUUGAACCUCAGGAGAGGGAGUUAACACAGGAAGAGAGAGAGGCGAUAGCAAGGGAUACUAAUGUAUCAGGCAUUGAGAGGUUUGACAUCUGGGAGAGGAUGUUCAGUAUGGAGCUGAGUGGUUGCAAGCACACCAUUAAGUCACUAGGCACCAACCCUGCUUCCAAUAGCAAAGAGCAGAAACCCCAAACAAAUCCAAGCAAACUGGAGAUCCUAAAAGAGGAGACUGAAACACAGAUUGGGAAUUCAGUCACACUUCCUUAUUUGCCACAUUUCAAUCCAUAUGAAAUGGAUGAAGAUAAAUUUCUGAUAGCAGCAUCCUUAUUUGCGUGUGACACACGACCAAAGAAGACAUUUGUAUACGAACAUUUGGAACCCAUGAAGAUCAAAACUGUGCGAACGUUCAAAAUUCCCACCAGCUUCAAGGCAAGGCCAAGUCGUAUACGCAAUCCUUCCCAUUACAAAAAAGAUAGCAAAGCUGUUGACACAUCAGACCUGGACAUUGAAAUGGAGGACAUGCCAAAAUGGGAUGAAGUUCAAGCAACCCUUCUGUGCUCUCUGGAGAAGGAACUCAGAGGACACCUUAUUGCAGAAUCCAGUUCUGCAGAUGCACUUCUUAAGGAUGAAGGAACUCAGACUUAUGACUUUUACUCUGCUCCUUUCAGAGCAGAUGCGUCUCUGGCAGAUCUCACAGCAGACAGGGCUCUGCAGCUUCAUGUACAAAUACAAACUGAGAGCGUCACCAAUAGACACAACAAAUGUAGCUCUGCAUUCACAUACCUCUGCAGCCAUUCAUACAGACGAGAUGAGUUUUCUUCUCACUAUAAGAAUGUUCACUCAGAUAUCCAGUUCUGUUUAAAUGGCUGGUUUGAACACAGGUGUCCUCUGGCUUACUUGGGUUGCACUUUCAGCCAGAGGCAGCUCCGGCCUUUCACACACAAAGCCACAGUCUCAUACGAUAAAGACCUCAGCACCUUCACGCUCAGACCCGAGGUGCCAUCCAUUCUCUAUGAAGGUGUGAAAACGGUGACUACAGAGAGGAAGCGAGCACGGAACCAGGAUGCUCUGAGCAAGUUGCCGUUUGAGGUUCUUGUCCACAUUGCUGGGUUUCUGGACAGCUUUACACUGUCUCAGCUGGCUCUUGUAUCCCGGUUAAUGAGAGAGGUGUGUGGGAUUUUGCUGCAAGAAAGAGGCAUGGUCUCGCUUAAGUGGGAGAAGAAAAUCUACUCACAUGGUGGAUGGUGCUGGAGAACUAGACAUAAGGUCUGGGAAUUCAGCAACUUGUUUUCCCCUGUGGAUAACUGGUGCUUGGACAAGUUCCCAUCAAUGUCUGAGCACCUUAAGGUCUGCCCCUAUUAUGAGAUGGAAAACAGAACAGAACCUGUACCCUUAACUGGGGUCUUUGAUUGUGAAGAAGAAGAGAAUUCUCACAGUCUUGUGUCCAUGUUUAUCAAGAAUAAAUGACAUUUGCAUUGCAAAUUAGGAAAAUAAUCAACAACAGGGUGGUAUGAUGCAGCCUGAUGUGAAGCGGAGUUACUGUUACCACUCUGAAGUUGAUUAUUUUCCAAUAAUGGCAUGUUCCAAAAUGCUUUAUUCCUCUUAUAACACAGCAAUUUGCCCAUGAUUACAAUUUUCAAAAUUUAUUAAAGAAAUUUAUAUCCAUUUAUAGUCACAUCUAAUGUUGUGGAAGGUCCGCAAAACAAGCAAAUUACUGUAAUCACUAACACUAUAGCAGCAAUAGACAUAUAGUAUAGUCUUCCCUCACUUUCUGUUAAAGGUACGAUAAAAAAAUGCAGCUUGUUACAGAGAAAAUGCAACAUCGUCUGUCCUGAAGAGUUUCACAUGGCUGAAAACCUAAAACUGUAGCUUUACCUCAGGCUUACAAAGCUCUGACACUGGAGACUCCUUCCAUUAAUGUUAAAUGUCUCUUUACAGAAACUUUCACCAUAUCAGAUUAAUCAGAUA